AGAGAGAGAGAGAGAGAGACCCUCCUCUCUUUACAUACAGACAAUAUAUAUAUUUAGUUUGACAUAUAUUUGUGAAGGUAUUAAGUAAGACACAGGUAUUUGAUCAAAAAAAAAGUAAGACAGAGGUAUCAGUUGUUUACUAUUGCUUUUUCUUCUCUUAUUUCUGGGAUCUUAAUCUCCUCAAAGAGCCUGGCUUUAGGGUUUUGGGUGCUGCAAGAAGGGAGGGGUCCAUGAGAAGAGUAUUUAGAGAUACAUUAAUGGUGGCUUCUUGAGAAUCAAGGUUGGUAGACAACUCAACCUUAAUAUUUUGUGCCAUCUUUCUCUUAUUAUUGCUCUAUCAGUUACUCAGGUUUCUUUUUGGAAGCAAUAAAAUAUGAGACUUGAAUGCACACCAAAACCUACUACACAAUAACCCUUCUGAUGCCCCUUUUUCUUUUCAAUUCUAAGGAAAAAAGUUCUGAGCUUGUGGGGUUUAUUCCUGUACCUAAAGCAUUGGAGUGCAGGAGGAAAGUGCUUGUAUUUUUAAUUUGUUCAUCAAAAUAUGAGUUGGGUCUGAUCUAUGAGGAAGGAGGAUGGUUUCUGAGUGUACCCAAAUGAUCUGUUCAAUGUCAGAAGUUAGAGAGCAAAGAUGGUUAUCUGAGCAUACCCAUUUGAAAAAUUCUUGGAUUCAACAUCAAAUCAAACAGAAAGAUGGUGUUUUGACAUACCCACCUCCUCUUUCUCCUUCAACUUCAUCUCCAUAUGGUGUUAGUAAUUUUCAUAAAGAUUCAAGCCAUUCUUCCUCAUCAUCUGGAACUAGAAUUAGUCCCGCUGUUCUUUUCAUCAUAGUAAUUUUAGCUGUUCUGUUUUUCAUUUCUGGUCUUCUCCACUUGCUUGUUAGAUUUCUCACAAAACACCCGUCUUCAACAUCCUCUCAAUCGGAUAGGUAUCCAGAAGUUUCUAGUUCUGAUACUCUCCAAAGGCAACUACAACAACUCUUCCAUUUACAUGACUCUGGUCUGGAUCAAGCUUUUAUUGAUGCAUUACCUGUCUUCUUGUACAAAGAGAUUGUGGGUCCAAAAGAGCCAUUUGAUUGUGCUGUUUGUUUAUGUGAAUUUUCUGGGAAAGAUAAAUUGAGAUUGCUUCCAAUGUGUAGCCAUGCUUUCCAUGUCAAUUGUAUAGAUACUUGGCUCCUAUCAAACUCAACAUGUCCUCUUUGUAGGGGGGCCCUUUUCAAUCCCGAGUUCUCCAUUGAUAACCCAAUUUUCGAUUUUGACGAUCCAGGGGAAGAAGAUGGAUUUCCUAGUAAUGGGAGAAAUAGGGUGUUUUGCAGUCAGAAGACAGUUGAAAUUGAGGAAAUUGUUGCUGAAAAGGGGGUUUUUCCUGUGAGGCUUGGUAAGUUCAGAAAAUUGGAUGAUGGGGCAGGGGAGGUAGGAGGAGAGACUAGUAGCAGUAAUUUAGACGCAAGAAGGUGUUAUUCAAUGGGUUCAUAUGAGUAUGUGGUAGGUGACACAAACCUCAGGGUGGCCUUGAGCCAUGACAGAGAUGGUCGUGAUCUAAAGCUUGUGAGGGCGACUGAUCACAAUGGCAAUCCUUCUGCUGAUGACGAUAUAGAGGGAAAGAAGAUUAGUGUUGGGGCAAAAACCGACAGCUAUUCUGUUUCUAAGAUCUGGCUUUGGUCUAAGAAGGGCAAAUUUGCAAGUUCUACAGACACCCAAAUGAAUAAUCCUCCAUCUCUUAAUACGGAGCUUCCAUGGAUAGUUAGAACACAAGGUACAUGAAAGGUUUUUACUAUUUUCCCUUGUUGAUUAUUAGUUAAUUAACCAAGCUUGCUAGCAUGUGUUUGCCCCUUGUUUAGAAGAUUUUUGACAUCCUGAUGCAUGAAUUGUGAUUUUAUAUCAUGGCACUAUAAAUGUGC